AUGCAUUCCACCACAGUCGUUUCACUCUUGGCUUUGGUCCUGGCCGACAAAGCAUGGUCUCACAGACACGCCCCAGCUCCUGAAACCACGGGCAAGUCCGAAGCUAUUCCUGUGACGACUUCAGGUCCAUGGGAUGACCUUGGCCCUGUGACGUUCCGCACUGAGAGGCCUGAGACAGCCAUGCUUGACAUUGAUACUCUUGAAGCUUCGACAACUACGCUGACUGGGAUGGAGUCAACGACAAUGACAAUGACCACCACCGCGGCGGUCCAAGUCGAGUCUGUCAUUAUUUACGAUUCGACUUCAACAACCACAAUGACCUUGACCUCUUCUGACGAGCCCUCUUCUGACGAGCCUUCUUCUGCAACCUCUACCGAUACACCCAUCUCGACGUCCAGCACGACCAUCACAACGUCUGACGUCUCGUCCAGCACGACCACCACGUCAGCCCCAACUGGCGACGUACUGACGACAGUCGAGAACCUCACGCCUGGCCCGAACACGGUUCAGUUCCCCAUGUCGUCAGCGGCCCCAGUUGUCGUCAUCAAUGUUCCUUCAGACUCGUACUCGUCAGGCUACACGACUGAGACUAUUUGGUCCUCCGUUUGGGAGCCCAGAAACAUAGCCGUCAAUACCGUUACCAGGCCCGCUGCUUUUUACGUCCCUGCCUCCAGCUCCAGCCAAACACCAGCUCCCACUGACAAGAGCAGCGGUGCUUCGACGGCGCGAUCAGGGGCUGGUGUCAUUGUCAUGACAGGUGUUGGUGCGUUGGCCGCAUGCUUCAUGAUGCUUUGA